GCACACGUCUUUAUAAUUUCCUAACCUAAAAUCGCAAAUCUUAUCUGUCAAAUUCGUUAACAUUUUACGUAAUAACAAACAGCGAUUCUUUUUAAAGAAGCUCCGGAUAAAAUCGUAUCACGAUGUCCGCAAUAGUGAAGCGACAGGAUAUGCCUCCCCCGGGAGGCUACAAACCUAUUAAUUUUAAACGGAUCCCUGCGAAAACUUACUUCAGCGGUUUCACUAUGAUUGCAGGUUAUCUUGGUGUCACCGCAGGAGCAGCUUACGUCUAUUAUUUAACCUGCAAAAAAGUCCAUCGAGAAGACAUCGAAGAACGAUCUGCUAGAUUUGCAUUAACCCCGUUAUUAACGGCGGAACGCGAUCGUGAGUACUUAAAACAACUUAGACGCAAUCGAGAUGAAGAAAGGGAAUUGAUGAAAAAUGUGGAUGGAUGGGUAGUUGGCACGUUAUAUGGGGAGCCUAUCUAUAAAGACGAUAAAGGUGAACUUAUUGAACCACGGCUACAAGAUUAUUAUGUGCAUGCUAAUGCGAAAGAUUUUCUUAGAAGAGCUGAUCUUAGUAAGAUGUGUUAAUUUGAAUUGGGGAAAUGAUGUAGUUUUCAAAAUUAUUGUAUUUAUUUAUAUUAUUCCCCAUACUUUAUUAAAUAAAUGUUUUAGUUAA